AUGAGCUUCAUGACUCGGACAGCAAGCACGACGGCCACAUUCGUGCGCGCGGUGCGAUCCCGUCAAUCGCUAUUCCAUGGAUUUCAACAGUAUUCAACAUCAACGGAAGGGCUGGUCCCUUCUUGUAAGAAAAAAUAUGUUCCACUGAACGGUACAUAUCCAAAAGGAUUUUUAAUCGCUGGAACAUACGUUGGCGUGAAGCCCUCGAAUAAAACAGCCCCCGAUCUAGCACUAUUAGCCUCCGAGACUAUUUGCUCAGCAGCAGCGGUCUUCACAAAAAAUGUCUUUCAGGCGGCUCCCGUAGUUGUUAGCUGCCAGACUCUCAGGGAAAGAAAUAACGAUGGUAUUCGAGCCGUAGUGGUCAACUCAGGCUGUGCAAAUGCGGUAACCGGAAUGGGUGGAUAUGAAGAUGCUCAGAAGAUGGGUCAAGCUGCCGAUCGUUGUUUUGAUACGUCAAUGGAUGAAAGUAUGGGGCGUUCGAUAGUUAUGAGCACCGGCGUCAUUGGACAACGAUUACCAAUCGAAAAAAUACUAAACGGAAUUCCGGCUGCUUACAAUGCUCUUGGCUCGUCACAUGAACACUGGCUAACUGCUGCUAAAGCUAUAUGUACAACUGAUACCUUCCCUAAACUCAUCUCUCGGAGCUUCUCCUUACCCUCUGCUCCAGCUGUGGAGUGUCGAAUUGCCGGUAUAACAAAAGGAGCCGGAAUGAUUCAUCCAAAUAUGGCAACUCUUCUCGGAAUUAUUGCCACAGAUGUUGCGAUCUCGCCAGGCAUGAUACAGCCUCUACUCACUACAGCAGUAAACAAGUCGUUCAACAACAUUUCAAUCGAUGGAGAUACUUCAACUAAUGACACUGUGACUAUUCUAGCUAACGGAGCCGCUAACGGCCGUGUCAUUGAUUCACAAUCUUCAAAUGACUAUAAAGCCUUCCAGAGUAUAUUAACGGAAUUUUCUAUAGACCUUGCAAAACUUGUAGUUCGUGAUGGCGAGGGAGCGACCAAAUUUAUCACUAUCCGUGUUGUGGAAUCGUGUUCGGAAAUUACUGCGCGCAAGGUUGCUUGUACGAUUGCCAAGUCACCUUUGGUAAAGACCGCCAUGUAUGGUAAUGAUGCUAACUGGGGUCGUAUCUUGUGUGCGACCGGAUAUUCACAGAUUUCUGAGCCUGGUCAACCAACCAACCAUGUCGAAAUAUUACCUGAGAAGACAAGUGUGUCGUUUAUCCCCUCAGAUGGAUCACCAGAAUUAAAACUGCUGGUCAACGGGGAGCCCGAGCCUGUUGACGAAAUUCGAGCUUCUGAAAUACUUCAGCAUGAAGAUAUUGAAAUCUUGGUGAAGCUCGGAAAUGGCAAAGAGCAAGCCACUUAUUGGACCUGCGACUACAGCCACGAAUAUAUCACAAUAAAUGGGGAUUAUAGGACAUAA